GCCAGGCUCACUGGUCAGCCCUCUUGCCACAUCCAGGACUGCCUCUGACCAGAGCCUGGCCUGUCCUGUCCUGUCCUGCCCCAUCCUGUCCCCAGAUCCAUUCGGAAACAGUCGAUCGCAACACCGGGCAAGAAUCCUUGACUCAACCUCGCCUGCUUCACGCUCCCAACUCGACACCCGGCCUUCUGGUGGUGUUUGAUCAUGGGCGCCGUCUCCUACGAAGUCUGUGCCCAGAGACUAUCCGAUAUCUCCAUUGAUGCCAAGGUCAAGGUCGUCAUCAUCGGCGAGUUGAAGGACACCUUGGAUUUCUCGCAGAUCCAAGAUACGUCCGGAUACCUGGCACUGCUGAUCCCGGCCUUCAGCAGCAUCCUGGAGAAUGUAUCGCCCGCAUUCUAUGCUUCUGCACCGGAGCACAAACUAAGAAACUCGGUUCUGGAGAUCAUCCAUCGCAUUCCAACCAACGAAGCCCUGCGCGAAUUCGUGCCCAACCUUAUGAGUUCGUUUGUGCAUCUGCUCAAGGUUGACAAUGAGGAAAAUGCCGUCAUUUGCCUCAAGAUCAUUGUCGAGUUUCACAAGAUUUAUAAGGCCGCUCUUGAGGACUAUGUCCAGCCGUUCUUUGACAUUGUCCAAGAUAUGUACAAAAACAUGGAUGCUGCUGUCCAGGAGGCUUUUGAUGUGCCACUGCUGUCUCAGAGCACGGACCGCCCAAGCUCCCCUUCUGCAGAUCAGUCGGAGAAUGCGGCUUCCAAGACCUCGACCACCAAACCGCUGCAAAAAUCCGUCAUGAGUUUCAAGGUCUUGACGGAAUGUCCCAUCAUAAUUGCCCUAUUGUUUCAACUUCAUCGCAAAUACGUUCAGAGCAAUGUCACAAUCUUUGUGCCACUCAUCAUCAAGGUAUUGGCUCUACAACCAAAGCUACAGAAGGAAGCGCACGCUCACGCUGAAGCAGCCGGUAUCAUCUUUGUCGGUGUAUCACCAAAGAUUACAAACCGAACCGCUUAUGCAGAGCUCAAGGCCCUGCAAGUGAAAACGGUGUCUUUCAUCGCAUACAUCUUACGUAGCUUCUUCAGUUUGCUACGACACAAUAUGAACGAGAUCGCAGAGUCUGUUGUGACGUUGAUGAAGGACUGUCCACCGGAAGCCUCAGCAACCCGAAAGGAGCUGUUAGUUGCUACGCGACAUAUAUGGUAUACCGAUUUCCGGCAAGGGUUCAUUCCAUACAUCGACAUUCUUCUAAAUGAGGAUGUGCUGAUUGGAACUGGCGUCACCUCGCGCGAAACGCUGAGGCCACUCGGGCACUCGGUCCUUGUCGACUUGAUCCACCAUAUCCGGAGCGAUCUCUCCCUCGCCCAGUCUUCUCGCGUAAUCGACAUUUACUCGAGAAACUUGCACGACCACUCGUUCCCGCAUAACAUCCCCACCAUGUGCGCCAAACUGCUUCUUAACCUGAUCGAGACUCUCAUCAACAAGCUGCCCAAGCAAGAUGUCAGGCCUUUGCUGAUAAAGAUAUUGAAUGCUUUUAUUUGGAAGUUUGGCUCGCUCAAGAUGGAGUUUCCUGUCAUCCAGCAAUACUGCGCCCGAAAGAAGAUCGAGGCGGUUGGAGCGCAGCCCCCGUCAGAGGCGACCGACCCCUUGCUAGACGGCUAUCUUGAUCUACCUUACAUCCAGCCGAUUCGAACGUCGACCAGGCCUUAUGAAUCGUCGCAGGAUAUUGUACAGGACGUCCGUAUGCUCAUCCGCAUACUGAUUCAGGGCGUCAAAACCAUUCUGCAGAAGCUGCGCACAUAUCCGCCGACUGCACCAGCUUCCGACAGCGACAAGCUCAUGCCGACAUACCUUGACGAGGAGGUUGGUCUGUUCAUCACCUUGUUCCGGGACGGUCUGCAGUGCUUCGAGUACUACACGCUUGUCCACCCGGGCUCCGAUGACACUUCGAACAAGGCCGCCGAGCCAAGACCAGCCAGCUCAACGCCCUCGAAGGAAGAGAAGGAUGGCCUCGACAACUUUUCCUUCAUUUUUACGUCGCUCGACCCGCCGAUAUUCCAAGAAGUCCUGAGCCACAAUAUGGACUUUUUAUUCGAGCAACUUGCGACGCACAACUCAUGGCUCAGCGUCCCGCAAUACUUUUUGGCCAACCAGGCGGUCUCACCCAACUUUGCUGGGUUCUUAUUGCGCUUCCUGGUUGAUCGCAUCGAAAUGCUGGGCGAGCCCGACGCCUCGUCCGCUGUGAUGUUGCGACUCUUCAAGCUGCUCUUCAUGGCCGUUACGCUCUUUCCUGAGAAGAAUGAGCAGGUCCUUCGGCCACAUUUGAGCCACAUCAUUAUGUCGUCCAUGAAGCUCUCCUCCAAAGCCAAGGACUCCCAGAACUACUUUCUGCUGCUCCGAUCUCUCUUUCGGAGCAUUGGCGGCGGGCGUUUUGAGGUGCUAUAUCAAGAAGUAUUCCCGCUUCUCCAAGUUUUGCUGGAGGGUCUCAACAAUCUCUUUGCAACAGCUCACAAGCAAAGCAUGAAGGAGCUCUUUGUCGAACUGUGUCUCACGGUGCCUGUUCGGUUGAGUGUCCUGCUCCCGUAUCUGUCGUAUCUGAUGAAGCCGCUGGUCUUUGCCCUCCAGGCGGGCCCGGAACUCGUGAGCCAGGGCUUGCGUACCCUCGAGCUCUGUAUCGAUAACCUGACCCAAGAGUUCCUGGAGCCGCUGAUGAGCCCAGUCCUCAAUGAUUUGAUGGCAGCUUUGUGGAAGCAUCUCCAGCCACCACCAUACCCCCAGAUUCACUCCCACACCACCAUGCGCAUUCUCGGCAAGCUUGGAGGACGUAACCGACGCAAGCUCCUUGCUCCAAAUCCUUUUACAUUCAACCGAGUCAACCCGGAGACUGGAUUGGAGAUGGAAAUCAAAUUUGCAUCUGUCGACAACAGUGUUAGGCUCGCCCUUGAUGGCACGCUGGACCAUGUGUUCAAGAUCGCUACCGACCCAUCCGAGAACGUCACUCGAAAGCGACAGGCCUUUCUGUUUGCCAAGGCCUCGCUCGCGUUGCUCCUGGACACGAGUGUUGAUCAGAGAGGAUUUGGGCAGCUUCUCCACAACCAAUGCAGCCAAAUUCAAGAACAAGCCACCACUCGGAUGGACAUUGAUUCUGAACCGCCAGUCAAGCCUCCUGGACAAGCUGAAACACAUGCACUCUUUGCCGACCCACUGCCGUACUCCUGUGAAAAGAAGAUUGCCCAAGAUGGCGCUCUGAAUCUGGUCAUGACCGCCAUGUUUGCUGUUUCGACCGUGGAAGAUAUCAAGAACGAAUCAUGGCCUUGCGUUGAGGCAUGCUGUCGACAUUUCGCCUUUUUGUGCAUUGGCGAGAUGCUCAAGGAUUAUCAGACCGAGGGCGGCUCGCAAACCUCGGUGACACUGGACAUACUCCUCAGCAUGCCUUCGAGCAAAAUCAACGGCUUUAUAGAUGCGAUUGUCGACGUGAUCGCCUCCGAAGACGAGGAUCGACGAUUGCUAGGCAAAGCUGCGGUGAUGCUCUUUUACGAAACGUGUGUCCAGAUCUGCGGCGAUAAGGCGCUCGUGCAUCGAAUGCCUCUCUUCCAUAUCUUGGCCGGUCGCUUCUGCUCCUGCUGUUACGAAGAGGCAUGGUUCAAAAAAAGCGGCGGUUGCUUUGGCAUCUCGAUUCUGACUUCCAUCUUGGAGUUCGGCCCGCGCUGGAUGCUCGAUCACGAACUCGAUUUUGUCAAGGCCUUACUCUAUGUCCUCAAGGAUACUUCCGCCGAAAUGUCGACUGGAAAUGUGGAGGAAGCUCGACAGGUCCUCAGCCAUGUCCUCAAGGUCUGCAAUCGCCCUGAAAAAUCAGAUGCCCUCGACCGCUCCUCAAAGUUCAACAAUCUCGUGUCGCUAUUGAUCUCCGAGCUGUCUAGCUCCAAUGCUGCGGUGCGGGAGACGAUCCAGUCCGCUUUGCAGCUGCUGGGGGAUUUGACCGGAAGCGAGGUGACGGAUCUGCUGAGCCCGGUUCGCGAGCGUCUCCUGAACCCCAUUUUCGCAAAGCCUCUCCGCGCUCUGCCCGUGUCGAUGCAGAUCGGACAUAUCGACGCCAUCACGUACUGUCUGUCACUCAAGCCACCCUUGCUCAACUUCAGCGAUGAGCUCUUGAGACUUUUGCAAGAGGUGUUGGCCCUGGCCGACGCUGAAGAUCAAGCGCUGGCAGGGAAAAGCAGUUCGCAGUUCAAGAGCGCCACGUCGCUUGUCAACCUCCGAGUCGUCUGCAUCAAGCUUCUGUCCUCCGCUAUGAGCUGUAACGACUUCCCACCACCCCGACAUUAUUCCAUCCGCGGGCGCAUCACCUCGGUGUUCUUCAAAUCUCUCUACUCCAAAUCGCCAGAGGUAGUCGAGGUCGCCAACAAAGGACUACAGCAGGUGCUUGCCCAGCAGCAUCGCCUUCCCAAAGACCUUCUCCAAGCCGGACUGCGCCCAAUAUUGGUGAAUCUGGCCGACCACACUCGCCUGACUGUCUCAGGGCUCGCCGGCCUGGCCCGUCUGUUGGAACUUUUGACAAACUACUUCAAGACCGAGAUUGGCAAGAAGCUGCUCGAUCAUCUCCGGAACUGGGCCGAUCCCAAUGUCCUUCAGGAAGCCUCUGCCAAACCUCUCAGCGAGGUUAAUGAGAUCAAAAUCAUUGUUGGCAUCCUGGACGUCUUUUGUUUGCUGCCGGCAACGGCCAACGUGUUCAUGGACGACCUUGUGAAGCAAGUGCUUGAUCUCGAACGCAAGCUUCACCGCUUGCACUCGAGCCCCUUCCGCCUGCCGCUGAUUCGCUUCCUGAACCGAUACGCGAGCGAGGCUUUGGGCUAUUUCCUGGACCGGCUCUCGGAUCCUCAGUAUGCACGUCUGUUCAUCCAUCUCGUAGCCACCGAUGCUGCUACUGUCUUGCGGCUCGAGCUGAUGAAGAGUGUGGACCGCCUAUUGCUCGCAUUUGGGGAGCCCACCGCCCUAGCAAGCACUGCGAAGCUCAUCGACAGCGGCGCCCCAGAAGUCGGAAUCUCGCAGCUGGUCCCGAGUGGCGGUGGUGGUAGUAGCGCAGAAGCCACCGAUGCGGUACCCAAGACAGAAGAAACCCAGGAGAUUGUCCAAGCCCACGGGGUCGCCAUCCUUUUCGAGCUAUGCCGCCACGACCCUGACUGGGUUGUGCAAAAUCCCUCUGUGCUCACGUUCCUGAAGAAGCUCUGGCGCGCAACCGCCACACAGAGAAAGCCUCUCGCGACGAAUAGUACAGCGGCUGCCAGACGCAACCAACUGAUCCAGCAUCUCCUUUGGACCUUCAUGAAAGUCUACGCUCAAGAGCCAUCCGAAAUCGAGCUCCUUUUCAACAUGGUUGAAGGCUUUCGUCUUCCCGAGCUUGUGGACUCGAGUUUUUUGCUUCGUUUCUUUUAUCAGGAUGUUGCCAUGCCCAUGACGGGCAAACAAAUGAGGAGGAUCCUCGAAGCGUUCUUGACCCUCUAUCAAGACCCAGCUGUUGGCCAUGAUACCAAGACCCUCAUCAUGAAAUUGAUCAUCACUCCCGCUCUCACUGUUGUCUUUUCCAAGAAAGAGCACAAGGACGCGAUCGAUAUUGCCAUCAUCGAGCUUGUACAUAACUGCUUUUGGCAGCCCGGUGCCAUUGAAGCCAGCGCCGAGGCCAACCACCACGGAUCCGAGCUUCUCAAGAUCGAGCUUCUCCAGUUCACAACGCUCCUGGUGCAGCAUGUCCCGGACAUCAUCAGCGAGACUCGACGAGAUGUGAUCAAGUUCGCAUGGCACCAUAUCAAGGAAGAGGACGUGACAUGCAAGCAAGCCACGUACGUGCUGAUGGCGUACUUUAUUCGAGAGUACGAGACUCCACCAAAGAUCGUCACCCAAACUUUUGUGGCGCUGCUGAAAGCACACCAGACCGAGGGCCGUGCGUUGGUGAAGCAAGCGCUGGAUGUACUGGUUCCAGUCCUUCCAAAGCGCAUGCCCCCUGCAAAUGAAUCCGAGGCACGAAACCCAACGUGGGUCCGCUGGAUGCGCAAACUGAUCAUCGAAGAAGGCCAUACAACCUCGCAGCUCAUCACGAUAUACCAACUCCUGGUCCGCCAUGCCGACCUGUUCUACGAGUGUCGAAACAGCUUUAUCCCACACAUCAUUGCCUCGCUUUCCAAGCUGGGGCUAUCGUCUGGAGCUGUCACCGAUUUGAGAGGAAUCUCACUCGAGUUGAUUGAGCUGAUUCUGACAUGGGAGAAUCGAUUCUAUGCCGAGAAAGCCGCCAACAUCAUGGCAGUCGACACUUGUCGCGCCGCCACCGAGGCGACCCAGAGUGCCAGCCACCCUCCAGAUGAGAUGGAUGUCGAUGUCGAACCUGGACAUGAGAAUGCAGAGCGCCACGACCCAGACGGAGGACUCGACAGCACCUAUAAGGAGAUGAUUGUGACGUUUGUACUGCGAUUUGCGUCGAGCCUCAAUGAACCGCCUCAGAAAAAGGAUAUGUUCCAUCGAGCCUCGGACAUCCUCAAGCGGUUUCUCGGCAUCUGGCAAACCGCCGAUGUCAAACUAAGCGUUCUCGAAAAGGCCCUUAGUCUAGAGCAAACCGAAAGCAACCUGCAGUCGCUUUGCCGAACCCUCGAUCUCAUUAGCAUUGUGGUUUCCCAUCGAUCAAGCCAAUGGUCGUUGGCCAAUGUCGCACAUCUUCACAAAUGCAUCGAGACCUGUCUUGGUAAUGAGAACCAUCGCGCUGUCAAGUGUCUGACGGCCCUUCUGGAGACGACCUGCAAAGUUCUUGCCCAGUGCGAGCAGGGCUCGCCCGAGCUCGUGAUGUUUUGGAGACUUCUGGAUCAGUAUGCCUUCAGCCUUGUCAUGGAAUCGCCCUCCUCCGUCAAGCCGUCCGUGGCCCAUGUGAUCGAUGCCAUUUAUCGCCACCGUGCCGACAAGCUAGACCCGAUGAUGGAGGAGUCGGUGCGUCUUCUUGGACACUAUGCAAAGGAACUGAUUUCGCCAUCGCCUCCGGCUCAGCCGCCAACGCCAACGCCAACGCCCACGCCGACACCAGCCCCGGUAGUAGCUCCGGGAUCUACGCCGGCCUCUGCUCCAACGUCUGCGCCGGCAGCCCAGUCAGCGACCCAACCAUCCACUGCCAGCCCCGGCCCUGAUACACUUGUUCCUGCCAUCAUCGCCCUCCUUGGAGUCCUCAAGAUCCGGAUAUCCCACAUGAAUGACCACCGCAAGACCUUCCUUGCAUCAGUGACGCUGCUGAUUGAGAGCGUCACCGAUCCUGAGCUGCUGAGGAGUCUUCUGGCCAUAGUUCGCGGCUGGCUCUACAGCGAAGAGCCAUUUCCGACGGCCAAAGAAAAGUCCAAUCUUCUCCUCAAGCUCAUGGUCCUCGAGAAGCAUUCGGAAAAGUCGCUCUUCAAAAGCUACCUCGAGCUUGUCGCCGACAUCUACUCCGCCCCAGCUUUUGCCCGCACCGAAAUCACCAUGCGUCUCGAGAAGGCCUUCCUUAUCGGGACUCGGUACGAAGAUUCGACUCUACGGACCCGCUUCCUCGAUAUCCUGCAUCAGCACGUCCAGCCCAACCUCCUCGACCGACUCAAGUACAUCUUUGCAACGCAAAACUGGGAGCCGCUUUCUGGCGAGUUUUGGCUGCAGCAAGCGCUGGAUUUGCUUCUACGAACCGUUCGACAGAAUGAGACACUCUACCAUUGCUACUCUGGAUAUCGCAUCGCCUCAAUCUCGCACUAUCUCACCCUUGAAAGUGGAUCGACGCACUCGAUGUCGAUGGUCCAAGACCAGAUUGAGCAGCUCCAGAGCUCACAUAUGGGUUUUCUGGCUGAGGUACAGAAACAAGAUGUUGCGCAGUUGAUCAAAUCCAUGUGCCAGCUCCUGGUCCACGAUGUUGCUCUCGCUGCGCGCAUGUGGACCACGAUGUUCCCGCUUCUCUGGUCGGUGCUCGAUCCUGCAGAGCGCCACGAGCUCUCCAAGGCGUUGAUUAUGCUGCUCGCAAAGGACUUCCAUUCCCGGCAGAUGGAUGCUCGCCCCAACGUCGUCAUGGUCUUGCUCGAGGGAAUGUGUGGAUGCGUCCCGUCGGUUCAGCUCCCGUCCCAGUUGAUUGCCCAUCUGGGGAAGACCUUCAACGCUUGGUAUCCUGCAUUGGAGCUACUGUCGCAGCAAGUCACAGAAAUCCGUGACCUAUCUCCGCUGUCCGCCAAGGACGACGACAAGAUCCGCGAAAGCACGCUGGACGCCCUCACGAACCUGUUCGAGUCGCUUGGCGAAGAAGACUACUACGCCGGUCUUUGGCGCCGCAGAUGCGUCUACCUCGAGACCAACAUGGCUAUAUCCUACAAGCAGUGUGGUCUAUGGGCCCACGCCCAGGCUGCACUGGAGACAGUGCAAAGCAAAGCUCGAGCAGGCUCGCUACACUUUUCGGAAUCCGAGUACCUGCUGUGGGAAGAUGAAUGGAUCUCAUGCGCAAAGAAGCUUCAGCAGUGGGAAAUGCUUCUGGAGCUUGCAAAGCUGAAUACCGAUACGGACCUGAUGUUCGAAUGCGCGUGGCGGUUGUCGGAUUGGUCGGUGGAGCGGGAGCAAUAUCAAAUGGCGCUUUCGCAAGCAAUGGAGCCCCCAAGUCCGCGAAAGAAGAUAUACGAGGCAUUCUUGCUGAUUCCAAUGGUGGCGGAGGGCAAGGAGCGCAUGGAGGAGUUCCACAGACAUGUGGAGGAAGGCAUCCAUCUCGCACUUCGGCAAUGGGUUCGAUUGCCCGAAGCCGUGUCGGAUUCACAUAUUCCCCUCCUCCACACUUUCCAGCAGCUUGUGGAGCUUCAGGAAGCCGCCACGAUCCAAGUCAACCUCAGCCAAACCAACGCCUCGAACAUCGACGCAAAGUUUAUGGAAAUCAAGAGCACGCUGCAAACGUGGCGCGAGCGGCUGCCGAAUCUGUGGGAUAACAUCGACAUCUGGAGCGAUCUUGUUGCCUGGCGGCAGCACAUCUUUUCCAUGAUCAACAAGGCCUACAUGCCCUUGAUCCCGCAGAUGUCGCAAAACAGUGCAACCAGCACCAAUGCCAAUGCCUACCGUGGCUAUCAUGAAACGGCGUGGAUCAUCAAUCGGUUUGCACAUGUGGCCCGCAAGCACCAGCUCACCGACGUGUGCAUCAACGCCUUGAACAAGAUCUACACCCUUCCCAACAUUGAAAUACAAGAGGCCUUCUACAAGCUGCGAGAGCAAGCAAAGUGCUAUUUCCUGAGUCCCUCAGACUAUCCGACCGGGCUAGACGUCAUCAACAACACCAACUUGAUGUACUUUAGCAAUCAACAAAAGACCGAGUUCUUUUCGCUCAAGGCCAUAUUCUCCUCCAAGCUGAAGCACCACGACGAAGCGGUCGCAUCCUUUUCGCACUCUGUGACCAUCGAUUCCUCUCAUGCCAAGUCCUGGGCUGCUUUUGGACAGUAUCACGAUCAGCUGUUUAAAGAGCAUCCGGAAGAUAUCAAGCACGGCGAGAGUGCCAUUGCUGCGUAUCUACAGGCCGCCAGCACGUUCAACAGCUCGCGCUCCCGGAAGUAUCUGGCGCGCAUUUUGUGGCUCCUCAACCUCGACGAUGCUCAGCAAACGCUCUCCAAGGCGUAUGAUAAUUUCAAAGGCGAUAUCCCGCUAUGGUACUGGAUCACAUUCAUUCCGCAGCUAUUGACAUCGCUCUCCAACAAGGAGGCCGACCAUGCCAAGCAAAUUCUCCUCAAGAUUGCAAAGUCAUAUCCUCAGGCCCUUCACUUCCAGCUGCGGACAACAAAAGAAGACUUCAUGAUCAUCAAAAAGCAGUCGAGCGCGUCCGCCACUUCAUCUUUGCCUGGUUCACGGCCUCCCGAGACUCCCGCUGCCAUCGUGGAUCCGACGGCCACACCCUCUUCGAUCAAUCCCGGCGAGGAUUCAGGUGUCGCUGCUGCCACCAGCGCUACCACCACCGCUACUGCAUCGUCUACACCGGGCCAAGCAACCUCGGUCCGGAAGCUUCAGCCAUGGGAGCAUGUUGAAGAGAUCAUGAACCUUCUCAAAACCACCUCGCCGCUCCUGGCCCUCUCUAUGGAAACGAUGGUGGACCAGAUUCUUCAGCGACUGAAGCCCACUACAGACGAGGAUAUAUAUAGACUCAUUGUCGCGUUGCUUACCGAUGGAAUUCAGCAACUUGCGCGUGAUCCGGCAGAUACCGGGCCGCUUUCGGCCGCAACAGAAGUGAACCUGAAUAGGUUUGCCGACUCAAUGGUGCCCAACCAUGUCAAAUACAAGCCUGCAUUCGAGCGCGACUUCAUCAGCAGCAAACCCAAUUUGUAUACUCUUGUUGAGCGCUUCCGAGACUGGAGAGAUCGGCUCGAGGUCUUGCUCGACUGUCGACCCGGAAAGCAGCACUUGGAGCAUUUCAGCCAUUAUCUCGUGGAGUUUGAAUACCAGAAGUUUGAUGACAUUGAAGUGCCCGGCCAGUACUUCCUGCUACGAGACAACAACAAGGACUUUGUUCGGAUCGACCGAUUCCACCCCGAGGUCGAUAUCAUUCGGCGACAUGGCAAUUGCCACCGGCGCCUCACGAUCCGUGGCCAUGACGGAAGCUAUAAUCCCUUCAGUGUCCAGCACCCCGCCCCUCGUCAAUGCCGCCGAGAGGAGCGGAUUGUCCAGCUAUUCCGCAUCCUGAACAGCGUUGUUGAGAGAAAGCAGGAAACGCGCAAGCGCAAUCUUCAUUUUCAUUUACCGCUCAUUGUACCCCUGGCGCCCCAAGUUCGGCUUGUGCAAGACGAUCCCAGCUAUAUAUCGCUGUAUGAGGUCUACGAACAUCACUGUGCCAAGACAGGCACACACAAGGAUGAACCUGUGAAGCUGUACAUGGACCGCAUGAGAAGCGCCUUGACAACGCCAGAAUUUGCCAAACGCCCGAAAUCGGAGAUCCUAAGCCUCAAGAUGGAGAUUAUGGAAGAAGUAGCACGGAAGCUCAUCCCGGACACAAUCUUGAGUCGGUUUAUGAUGAAUACCAUGAGCAGCUACUCGGAGCUCUGGGCAUUCCGGAAAAAGUUCACUCAGCAGCUGGGAAGUGUUUCGCUGAUGACUCAUCUCCUCAACGUUACUCAUCGAACUCCACAAAAGAUGUAUAUCUCACUCAACUCCGGAAACAUCCUCAGCACAGAGUUGAUUUCGGGCAUGUCAAAUAUCACCUUUUUGUACAGCAGCAACGAAACCGUGCCCUUCCGCUUGACACCAAAUCUCGUCAAGUUUGUGACCCCCGUCGGGGUUGAAGGCAUAUUCACCAAUUCGAUGAUGUCGAUGGCGCGCUCCCUCAUCGAGCCCGAGGUGGAGCUUGAGGACUACUUGGCCAUAUUUGUCCGUGACGAGCUAGUGACCUGGCACACUGCUUCUAAGAAGCCUCCGCCUCAGGAACAUCACCUCCGCGAUUUGGUAUCCGUGAACAUGGAGCUGAUUGUCAAGAAAGCGCAGGCCAUGUCUUGCAAAACGGAACGAGAGAAGGGCAUCGAAUCGGGUGCGCCAGCCAACCAAACUGUGCUCGACUUGAUUUCGGUCGCCGUUAAUCCCAUGAAGCUUGCUGGAAUGGAUGUGGGUUUCAUGUCACAGCUCUGAGCCGGCUGUCAGCGUAGAUCACCCCCCCCCAUAACGAAACGGGAUACCCCGUUUUGAAUCCCACAUGUCGCUUUUUCUGGGUCCUGAAUACACACCCAUCCUCCAUGACCAAGCGGACGUGUCCAAGGAGAUCGACAUUGUAAUUGC